GCGAAACCAUUCAAUUCGUUGAGCAGAGUUUCAUAAAUUGCUCCGGGACAUCAUUUGGAUCUAGCUGCUUGGCUUAAUGAUGGUCCGAGAGCUGGCAAAUCAUGGCUCCCCGGCAAAUAUCGGAUCGCUCCGAAGUGGUCGUCAUUUUGCCUCUGGUUCUGUCCAGCAGGUCCUCGAGAUGGUCGACUGAAUCACCUCGGGGAUCUUCUUCUCCUCCUCCUCCUUCUUCUACUUCUUCCUCUUCUUCUGCUCCACAAACUGAUUGGGACUCAAAACGUGCCGACCUCCAAUUGAGAGGUCGCGGAUCUGAUCCUCACUUGGACGAUUCCCUGGAACAACGUCUCCUUCCCUCACUUUCCUCCACAUCUACGUCCAUUUCCUCUUCUUCAAGAACCUCGUCCUCGACCCCGACCAGCUCUCGAUCUCAGCGUUCAUGCAAAAUGUCGGGUCGCGCUUGGGACCCCGAUUUACUUUCCUCAUCGAUUGGAGGCAGCACAGCCACACUAGGCGGUCGUCCAGGGGGUCAAUCUCUCAAAUCCGGGCUCGACAAUCUCCCCUCAGCCAAUCUGCGCCAACAAAAGCUGGAACAGCAGAGACAACUAUUCGAACAAAAGCAGAAACAGAAACGCCAACAGCAGGGAACCAUCAUCCAGGCUACGGAUCUGCGCUCUGGGAGUGCCAUUUCCCGAGGGAGUCGACCUUUGUCGGGAAAACGCGAACUCCAUGGCUACGAUGGCCCAAUGCAAUUUCUCAACAAGGGCAACCCUGACGACAUGACGACGGUACAGGUCAUGCCUGUGGUCUCAUCCAACACCGAGACUUCUUUAGCCUCCAGUGGUUCGACGACCUCGGGUUUGGACCAACAGCGUCCCCAGGAAGUGAAAGCGAAACCACAUCCCCCCUCUUCCAAAACCAAAGAGAAGAAUGGCAGUAAUGCAGGAAGUGGUGGUGGGGGCGGAGGAGGAGGAGGAGGAGGAGGAGGGGGGUUCAAAGGACCUCGAAGCACCACCGACUCGUCCUUGUUCCAAAGCGCCAACUCAUCCCGCCCCAACAGCUCGUCCAUGCCCAAGUCAAUGAGUACGCAGAAUAUCUCGGAGAGCGAUGAAGAAGAUCUCGAAAGUACGCCUGUCAUUAACGAAGGUGAAGAGCCACCCGUUGCUAACUUGAGGAAAGAGAAAUCUGCACCCACUGUUCCAUUCGGGAUUGUCGCCAAAGGAACCAUGGGUCCAAUUUCAAAACGGAAAGGAAGCAAAGACGGGUCGGACGAAACAGACGGAGUCGGAGGAGGUGGCGGAGGAGGCGCAAAGGAAGUGGCCCACCCCAACCAAGACGACAACGACAAUUCCCAAGACGCCAACAGUGACGAUAUCGGAGUAUUGGCUACCAUGCUAGACAACCUAGAUGCAUUUGUUCUCGAACCCGCUCCCCAAGGGAGUGUUGUCAAAUGUCGAAUCACUCGAGACCGCAAAGGCAUGGAUAGAGGGCUGUAUCCCACUUACUUCUUGCACAUGGAACGCGAGGACGGGAAGAAAGUGUUUCUGUUGGCCGGGAGGAAACGGAAGAAAAGUGCCACUUCCAACUAUUUGAUGACCACCGAUCCCACCGAUCUCUCUCGGGCCGGAGACUCGUUCAUCGGGAAGCUUCGAUCCAACAUGAUGGGAACGCAAUUCACAAUUUAUGACGGAGGCGACCCCGUCAAAUCGAGAAGUUUACUGCAAGAUCGUUCUAGUCAACGUCAAGAGUUAGCCGCCGUUUUGUAUGACACCAAUGUGUUGGGCUUCAAAGGCCCCCGUCGGAUGACGGUGGUGAUGCCCGGGAUGAACACUGAUGGCCACCGGAUCGACUUCAAGGCCAUUUCCGACAACGACGGGCUCAUCGAACGGCACAAAGCCAAGAACAUGGAAGGCGUAAUCGAAGUGCACAACAAAACGCCCGUGUGGAACGACGAUACCCAGUCCUAUGUGCUCAACUUUCAUGGCCGGGUCACGCAAGCCAGUGUGAAAAACUUUCAAAUUGUCCACGAGAACGAUGUGGAUUACAUCAUCAUGCAAUUUGGCCGUGUGGCCGAGGACAUCUUCACCAUGGACUUUCGAUAUCCCAUGUGUGCUCUUCAAGCCUUUGGCAUAGCCCUGUCGAGUUUUGACAGCAAAUUGGCUUGUGAAUGAGUGACAGUUCAAUUGAUGUUUCAUGUCGAUGUUUUCCAUUUGGACCUCGAGACACGCCGUGCCCAACCCACCCACCUACCCACCUACCCAACCAACCAACCAAACAUCGUCGCACUGUCGGCAACAUGAAAAUUGUAAUCAUAAUCAACCACAACAACUACCACGGCCACAAAUACUACAACUCUACGUAAACUGGCGUGGAGCAUAACGCUGAUGGGCUCGUUACUCAUUUGCCGCAAUUAACUACAAUUCGUACAAUGUGAUAUCAUGCUAUGAAAGUCAACCAACCAAAAAUAUCCUUCUCCCUCUUGGCCAUUGAUUCGAUUCAGACCAGCUGAUGAACACUUGGGAUGAAUGCGGGGCCUGGAACGAAUCCGGAAAAACGUCACAACAACAGCCAGCCGUACUGGCAGUACUGGCCGUACUUGUCACACCGCCAUUUGACGCCAUCAUCUAACCUCAGCUAGGUUUCUAGAAGACGGGGUGUGGCUGAGGGGCUGGCACUCACUUGGCGCUGAGUCAAACACAAAGUCAAGUCUCAAGGCACCCACAGAUUCUGGUUUAAACUCAAGCUCCAAGUUUUCUAGUGAUGAAAUAAGCAAAUAAUAAUGUCUCACUCAGCUCAAUCGGGUGUCAUUUCUGUUGAUGGGAAUCGAGAAAUAGAUAAGAGCUCACUCUAAA